AUGUCUCCAGUCACUCUUUCCCUUUCUCUCCCGCGCAUGGUUGCGCUGGCAAUCUCAGCGUCUGUCGCCAUGGCUCAAGCCCCACCCAUGGCUACUUACCCCGCCGUUCCCCUCGCUCAGAAGGGUCCUUACAACUAUCCCGACGGAAUUCCUUACAAAGUCGACACCGACACUAACCUAAUCCGUGGAACUCAAAUCGGAUACAACAUUUGCAACGCCACAACCGAGAACCAGCAAUCUCUGUGCCAGACCUCGUUCCUCAACGAUCUCGAUGACUUCUGUCUUUGGGCUCCUGCUGAGUAUGGCGCGACUGUUGGUGACAUCGAGGGUUCCAUGAUCGCUUGGUGCACCAAGCCCGGACACGGAACGCGUCUCAUCCCUGAGGGUGCUCUCCAUGGUGUGCAGUUCACCAAGACCCCUGACUACGUCCAAGUCGUCGGUUUCAUUGAUCAGACAAAGAUCAACAUCCUUGAAGGUGAUUACGGAGGUGAGAUGGACCCUCACGGUGCCGAUCUCCGUGGUAACCCCAUGGGUGGUAUCAUGUUCUCCAACCGCUUCACUGGCCAAUAUACUCAGGCUAUUGAGUGGCACAACUUCAUCGGCUCUAACUCCUUCUGCUUGAAACUCUGCGAUCCCCGAGGCGCCAACGCUGCUAACUACUGCGAGCACAUCUUUGAUCGUAUUGGCUGCAAGUACAACGCCCCCAACGAAGCUCGCAACGGUACCUUCGAGGCUUGCGAGGGCGAGAACCAGGACUUCCCCGGAAUUUACACCGGUGCUGACGGUGUCACCUCCACCUACACCCAGCCCCCUGAGUCCCUCGGCCCUAUCACCACCGUCACCUACGAGCCCCGCAUCCCCAAGUCUUCCAACUGCGUCCAGUUCGAGUCCAAGUCGAUCUACACCGGCCUCCCCACCGCCAGCGUUGCUGCUCCUUCUUCCUCUGCUACCUCCUCUUCGCAGACGAACGGCGGAAGCUCGAGCAGCGCCACAUCGCGCUCCUCGGCCUCGAACUCGAACUCUGCUGCCCCAAGCACGCAGACUGACACCAGCGGUGCCGGCCAGGUCGUCGCCUCGAGCGCUGUCCUCGUUAGCGCCCUCUUCGGUGUCGCCAUGCUCCUCGCUUAA